CUUGUUCCCUCCGGUUAAGCCUGCUUCACAACUGAUCGCAAUGUCCUGAAGCACAUGCGUCUUUGCGUUGCAUCCUGAUGUGUUUCCACAAGCUUCCUCCCUAGUCGUUCCUUUCUUGCGUGGAUCAUUUUGUAUAUCUCAUCCCUUCAUCCCCCACAUCGCGGCUGUCAGCGUUAGGGUAUCACUAUGACUUACUACGGCGACAAUGCUCCUGAACUUGCUGCCUCGGUCAUCGCGCUGACAGUAAUCGCGUUCACUCUUUUCGGGUUACGAGUCUAUACGAGACUACACAACAAUGCUUGGGGCUUAGACGACUGGAGCAUGACAGCUGCCACUGUCCCCUUUACCGGCUUGACGAUAGCAUGCAUAGGGGGUGCUUUCAGUGGAGUUGGAGUCCACGACUCCAGACUAAGUGAUCAAGAAAAAGUACAAGGAAUGGAGUUCUUCUUCUUCUUCGAAGUAUUUUACUGCGCGGCUAUCAUCCCAAUUAAGAUGAGCAUCACAUUCAUGCUCAUCCGCAUCGCAUCACGAAGAGUUACCUACAUCUACGCCCUGUGGGUCGUUUCGGCCAUGUUCAUCGUCAUGAACCUGAUUGCGAUGUUGUACAUCAUUUUUCAGUGCACUCCGGUGUCGUGGGCUUGGGAUACUUCGACCCCUGGUGGGAAAUGCAACCCAGCGCAAACACUGGCGGACAUAUACUACGCGACGACUGCGGUCAACAUUGCGACGGAUUGGUUCUGCGCGCUCUUGCCCAUACCGCUGCUUUGGAAUGUACAGUUGAACCGUAAUGCUAAGCUUUCGGUCGGUGUCAUUCUCGGCCUCGGUGCCUUAGCGAGUCUUUCAGCCUGCAUCCGCCUGGUCUAUACUGUAAAUCUCACGAGCUCGACCGAUUACCUCCAUGGUGUAUCGAAGGUGAUCCUGUGGGGUUACGCCGAGAAUGGCGUCGGCAUGAUCGUAGGAUGCGUUGCCACACUUCGCCCUCUCCUCCAGCGCGUACUCAAACUCGGAAGCAGCGGCGGCACCAAUCCUCAACAUACACCUGCAGCAGGCUACGCGAAACGCCCGAUUAUAAAGAGCCGUUUGAGUGGAAGGGAUGAGGAGUGGGUUGCCCUCGAGGAUAAUCAGAUGGUGAACAUGGUGCAUGGGCAAGGCACUACUGGCAGUGAAGAAUACAUAUUGCCUGUGAAAGGAGGAGGUAUCCAAGUUACCAGAAGCGUGGAGCAACGAUCUAGCGCUGUCAAAGAAUAGGGCUGUAGCUCCUAAACAAGCGCACCUGGGCGAGCUCGAACGCAAUCGCAAGGGCAACACUGUAUCCACAAAAAAAACAUGACCAAAGCUAAUGAGUAUAUUUAAUAAUAUCCCUCUGAUGGGUGGAAUUAGGAUAAGAUUUGCAUUCCUUCGUGGUAUGAGAGCACAUGCAUUGUGCGCGAAUGAUGAGACUUCGGCAAUGCCAAACGCGUUGUCCGCCCCUAACAGUCAAAGUGGUGGCCCUUACUGGAGCUGCGACCAAAUGAGAAUGGAAUCGGAUGACCACCAGAAAUAACUAGUCGCAAGCGCAGUGGGUAUCGUCGCGGAAUAUCUAACGCGCUUGGCGUGUUACGGAAGAGCGGCCCCGGGUUUGUCUUCUCCCGAGCUUACGAUUGUUUUUCCCGUCAGCCGCUGUGCGCUCAGGCGCUUAGGAUCGGCAACCUUGAC